AUGAACGACUCGAUCGACCUCGACCUGUUCGACGUGAACGGCUCGUUCCCGCUCAACUGCACGUACCUGAACGCCGUCGACCGCGAGAUGGAGCGCAACUGCAGCCUGGGCCUGUUCACGGGCGACAGCUCCUCCAUCCACAUGGUGACCAACAUCAUCAUGCAGGCCUGCUACGCCGUCGCCUUCCUGGUGGGGCUCUGCGGCAACACGCUCGUCAUCUACGUGGUGACGCGCUUCUCCAAGAUGCAGACGGUGACCAACCUGUACAUCGUGAACCUGGCCAUCGCCGACGAGCUGUUCGUGGUGGGCAUCCCGUUCCUCAUGAUGACGUCCGCCAUGGGCUACUGGGCCUUCGGCUCCAUCAUGUGCAAGCUGUACAUGAUCACGACGUCGCUCAACCAGUUCACCAGCUCGCUCUUCCUCACCAUCAUGAGCGCCGAUCGCUACAUCGCCGUCUGCCACCCCAUCAGCUCCAAUAAGUUCCGCACGCCCAUGAUCUCCAAGCUGGUGUCGCUGACGGCGUGGACCAUCUCGGCGCUCAUGAUCGUGCCGGUGUUCAUGUACUCGAACACGCUCAAGGUCAACGACCUGAUCAACUGCAACAUCUUCUGGCCCGACGGCUUCGGCGUGAGCGGCCAGUUCGUGUUCACGCUGUACUCGUUCAUCCUGGCCUUCGGCAUCCCGCUCGUGCUCAUCUUCAUCUUCUACAGCCUGGUGCUGCACAAGCUCAAGACGGUGGGGCCGAAGGCGAAGUCCAAGGAGAAGAAGAAGAGCCACCGCAAGGUCACCAAGAUGGUGCUCACCGUCAUCACUGUCUACGUGAUGUGCUGGCUGCCCUACUGGGUGCUGCAGCUGGCGCUCAUCUUCAGCCCGCCGCGCGAGGGCCAGAGCUCCUUCAUGAUCGUCCUGUUCCUCAUCUCCUCGUGCCUCUCCUACAUCAACUCCGCCAUCAACCCCAUCCUGUACGCCUUCCUCAGCGACAACUUCAAGAAGAGCUUCAUGAAGGCGUGCAUCUGCGCCGCCCGCAAGGACGUCAACAGCGCCCUCACCGUCGAGAACUCGGUGUUCCCGCGGCGGAGGGGCGGCUCCUCCAACCCUCGCGGCGGGGGGGGCAAGGGCGGCCACGAACUCGAGUCCAACGACGCCUUCACGACCCACGACAUCAGGGACGAGCCCACGACCGCCAUCACCAUGACGACCACGCGAUCCUCCGCCAGCCAGGUCGCCAAGGAGAACGGCGCCCUCGUCAACUCGCAGUUCUGA